AUGAAUUCAGUUUUAAGUACCCCAGGAACUUAUUCUUGUGCGUUGGAUAGUUUCCUUGAGAUAUCAUCCCAUCUAUUUUUACCCUAUUUGUCAAUACUAACUGCGCAAAAUGAAUUCACAGAACUCCUUUUCAACACAUGUGCAAGAUACAUUGAGUCACAAGGAAAUGACAGAUUGUUGAGAGAACUAAGGGAACCGCUUUGGGUAUAUUUACAACACCAUUGCCCCUCGUUUUUGUCAAGAGAUUGUAAUGCGUGUUUCAGUCAGAUUUUCGAGGAACGAACCUUUGGUGAUCUUUCUUCAGAGGAAAUGAAUAUAUUUUCAUCUCAGAGAAUCAUUCAUUCAAUCAGUCAUUUUGUAAGACCUGCCGUGACACUGUAGCUCUCAAAAGCUCUAUUUUGGUUAACUAUGUGACAAGAUCAGCAUUACAAAAAUGUCAAUUGGAUCACAAUUCUUGGCCACAUUUUAUCUCUGCUAUUCAAACUGAACCAGGAAAGUUGAAUUGUCCUAAUUGUGAAACCCCUACAGAUGACCCAGUUUUUAACCUAUAGUUCACAGGCAAAAUUUGUCUUUAUUGAAUUCUCUCCAGAACUUAUGGAUUUGAUAAAUUUGUGUGAAAAUAUGCAUGUAGGCUCAAGUGAAUAUAAGUUAAAGGGGAUGGUGCGUUGUUAUAAUGGACAUUUUACCUGUGCAGUUCUUACUCAAGGGAACUGGACCUACAUUGAUGAUCUUUGUGUAGGUGUUAAAGAAUUUUGUAGUUUAGCCACCCUGAAAAGAAACUUUGCUAAAGGAUGGUUCUUUGUAAUUUAUGAAAGCAUGAGCAUGUUUAACAUAGAAGCAGAUCCUAUGGCAUACAGUAGUUCAAUGAAUAGUAACAACAUGACAGAGGAAGUUCAGUUGGGUGAUUGUGAAAUAAACCCAUUAAUCUCAAAGAGGGGACAUUUUAUGAAUUCUAUUCUAAGUGUCCCUAAUAUGUAUUCCUGCGCAGUGGACACUUUUUUAGAAGUCUCAUCCCAUCUAUUUUUACCCUAUUUGUCUAUACUGACUGUGCGAAAUGAAUUCACAGAACUCCUUUUCAACACAUGUAAAAGAUACAUUGAGUCACAAGGAAAUGAUAGAAUGUUGAUAGAAAUAAGGAAACCAAUUUGGGUAUAUUUACAGCAACAUUGCCCCUCAUUUUUGGCAAGGGAUUCUAAUGCAUGCUUCAGUCAGAUUUUCGAGGAACGAACCUUUGGUGAGCUUUCUUCAGAAAAAAUGAAUAUAUUUUCAUCUCAGAGAAUCAUUCAUUCAAUCAGUCAUUUUGUAAGACCUGCCAUGACACUGUAGCUCUCAAAAGCUCUAUUUUGGUUAACUAUGUGACAAGAUCAGCAUUACAAAAAUGUCAAUUGGAUCACAAUUCUUGGCCACAUUUUAUCUCUGCUAUUCAAACUGAACCAGGUAAGUUGAAUUGUCCUAAUUGUGAAACCCCUACAGAUGACCCAGUUUUAACCUAUAGUUCACAGGCAAAAUUUGUCUUUAUUGAAUUCUCUCCAGAACUUAUGGAUUUGAUAAAUUUGUGUGAAAAUAUGCAUGUAGGCUCAAGUGAAUAUAAGUUAAAGAGGAUGGUGCGUUGUUAUAAUGGACAUUUUACCUGUGCAGUUCUUACUCAAGGGAACUGGACCCACAUUGAUGAUCUUUGUGUAGGUGUUAAAGAAUUCUGUACUUUAGCUGCUCUAAAAAGGCAGUUUUCAAAAGGGUGGUUCUUUGCAAUUUAUGAAGAUAGCAACAUGGUUUCCAAACCUGAAUCAUGUGGAAUAGUUAAUCAACAAAUGAAAUCCAAUAUAGAUUUCACUGAGAUACCCAUUAAGAGAAGAUGCUUUAAAUCUAACAUCAAUUUUCAAACACCAGUUACAUGCUACAACUAUUAUGAGGUGCUUACUGAAGAAAGUCAUACCAUGCACAUGUAUCCUGAUUCCAAAACUGAAAUAAAGCAGUCUAAGCAACAAAAUAUCUUUAAAACAAAGGAGGCAAAGAAACGAAAAACUAAACGUUCAAAACUAGAAAAAAAGAAAAAGGCAAAGUUAGACUCAACCGUGGAAAGCAAUUGCAACAGUACAAUAAAAACACCUGCAAAUGUCUCAAGUACAACUAAGCAAUCUGCCUCAACCAAUAGUUUCCCUUUAUACAAAGUUGCAACAGAAAAUGGGGAGUUGUUGAACCGUCAAAUUAUGCAAUCUGCCUUGCCAAACAUGCCUUUGAAUAAUGAUAAUAACCUGGAUAAUUUCUCUGUUGUAGAUGACAAAAGCCAGAACUCUUCUAAUAAUUAUGAAGAAGUGAAAAAAGUAAAGUUAACUUGUAGCGAUAAUUGCAAGACUGCAAGACGGAAUAAAAUAGAUGGAAGCCUAACUGAACAAUCUGUCUUGCCCAAUGAUGCCUCUUUACACGAAAGUACAAUAGCAAAUGACAAGCUAUCUACCAAUCCUAUCAAGCAAUCUGUUUCAUCAGAGUUACCUUUGAAUAAUAAUAAGAAAUCAGAUAACUUCUCAGUAUUCCAUGACAAAAGCAACAAUUCAUCUUAUUUCAAUAACACAAUGCAAGGUGGUAAAGAAUUUCAUUCCCAACCAUUUGCAGUUAAAAAUAUGAGGAAAUUUCACAACAGUAUAAAAUACACUGUUUAUCAUUGUAGCAUUUGCCAAGAAGCUUGGCCUUUGAAGGCAAAACCCAAAAGUUAUCCUAACUAUGCUUGUUCACGUUGCACAAGAGACAAAAGUACUCCAAAAAAGUUUUCAACUGAAAAUUCUAUGAUCCCAUCGCCAGUGCCCAAAGAAUUGCAAGGUUUAACACAGUUUGAAGAAAUGUUGAUUGCACGAACUUUUCCUGUUAUGCAUGUGUAUACCAAACCAAGAGGUGGUCAAAAGGCAUACAAAGGUCAUGUUAUAACUUUGCCCCAAGAUCUGCAACAGCUUGCAGAUGUUUUGCCACGAUGUCCUAAGGACCUUCCUGUCAUUGUGUUUACUAUAAAUGGUAAAGACAGUUGUUCUAAGGAUUUUAUUGUCAGGCGUAAAAAAGUAUCUAAUGCUCUAUACCGGCUAACAGUUGUAAACAAAGAUGAAGAGCCUAAUAAUUUCUUAUACAAAGAUGUCAGAAUCAGUAAAGAAAACCUAACACAACUUCCAGAAAAUGGAGUUCUUUCAAAUGUACCAAAGGUAGAAUGUGAAGUCGAGAACAAUGGUGCAACAAGUUCACAUAUUAAAGUCGAUAGUGGUCCAGUUGAAUACGAUGACAAUGAAAGAGUUUAUAAUUCAGAUAGUGAAAUGGGUAGUUUUAUUCCUUCAAAUGUCAGUACCAAAAAAGAAAAACAAAUUAUUGAAGAUGCCUUCAUUAAGCAACCACAAUGUCAUGAUUGGACUAUUGGCAGUGAGCCUUUAAAUGAAUUCAAUGUGCAGUUCUUAGCAUCAUUGGCAUUUCCAACUCUUUUUCCCGAUGGAAAAGGUGACCCGACUAAUAGUGCGGUUGUUUCUGAUAUAUCAAAUAAUGAAACUCAAUCAUUUGCUGAAAAGCUCAAGCAUCUGAUAAAGUUUGCAGAACAGAAAGAUGGACAAUGGGUUUACAGAUUUGCAUCUCACCCUAGAUUUGCUUAUUGGGCUUACAAUAUCCUUUAUAGAAAAAGAAUCUUAGGGCAAAGUAAUUUUUUUCCUGAAACAAAAUCCAUCAGAAGCAAAUCUAUCAAUUCAUGA